AUGGAGGGGUCCAGUGAACUGUUGCUGGAUGCCAAGUCCGGGGUUACCAACCAGCUUGUAGAUUUUCAGUGGAAGCUGGGUAUGGCUGUGAGCUUGGACAAUUGCAGAUCUCUCAAUUAUCCUUAUGUUGCGGUGAUGCUAGAAGUGGCAGAUCAUUCAGGCCAAAUAAAGAACAAGUCCUUUGAGUUGACAAUACCACAGUUCCAGAAUUUCUACAGACUAUUCAAAGAAGCUGCUGCAAUGAUUGAAACUGUAUGA